GUCCAGAAAACGGCCGCGAGCCGGGAGCCCCGAGCAUCCCCUUUCCCUUGCCCAGGGAUUGAGCUCGAGCCUCAGUCCACACAACGAGUUAGGCUUUGGUUCCUGAGUGCUAAGGAAAUGCAUGCGGCGGCAAAGGGGGACUUCUUCGGUGAGAUGGCGCCGGGCCUCGUUUCUCAGAGACAUUCAGAGAACUUCCCUAGCAUGAACUCUUGACCGAAUGUAAUUUUGCUGGGCCGCGAGGUACGCAGAGCGGGGUUACCACCGGCGGACCGGGGCCCCCGGCUCGCCGCUAUCCGCCCGGUGCCGCCGUCUCUGUCUCCCCUCGGGGUGGGUCGGUACAAUUGGAGCCGUUCCGGACCCGGAAGAGGCUGCAGCGCAGGACUCGGCGGGGCAGCCGCGGGGUCCUCGCGCGUCCCACGUGGGGUCCUGGCCCCAGCCGUCUGCACACCCGGCUGGCCGCUGUACCAAGCGUACCCCACGCAGGCCAUGGCAGCCGCCGACGGUUCGCUCUUGGACAACCCCAGGACGUUCUCCAGACGCCUCCCAGCGCAGGCGAGUCGGCAAGCAAAGGCUACAAAAAGAAAAUACCAAGCGUCCAGUGAGGCUCCCCCAGUGAAACGGAGGAAUGAAACUUCAUUUCUCCCAGCCAAGAAAACUAGUGUUAAAGAAACUCAAAGGACUUUUAAGGGGAACACACAGAAAGCAUUUUCUGCAAAGAAGCAUUCGGUUAGCACGAGUGAUGGAAACCAAGAGGAGAGACCGUGCGUUAAGACUUCAUCACUGUUUAAAAACAACCCUGACAUUCCAGAACUCCACAGAUCUGUAGUAAAGCAGGUGCAAGAAAAAGUGUUUACUUCAGCUGCUUUUCAUGAACUGGGCCUCCACCCACAUUUAAUUUCCACAAUAAAUACGGUCUUAAAAAUGUCUAGUAUGACCAGUGUUCAGAAGCAAAGUAUUCCUGUGUUGCUGGAAGGCAGAGAUGCUCUCGUGAGAUCCCAGACGGGCUCAGGUAAAACUCUUGCCUAUUGCAUCCCUGUGGUCCAGUCCCUUCAAGCAAUGAAGUCAAAAAUACAGCGCAGUGAUGGCCCCUAUGUCUUGGUGCUUGUGCCAACGAGAGAGCUGGCUCUACAAAGCUUUGACACAGUCCAGAAACUGCUUAAGCCAUUCACCUGGAUUGUGCCUGGAGUGUUAAUGGGUGGAGAGAAGAGAAAAUCAGAAAAGGCCAGACUCCGCAAAGGAAUAAAUAUCCUUAUCUCAACUCCUGGACGUCUUGUGGAUCACAUAAAAUCCACAAAGAACAUUCAUUUUAGUCGGCUGCGGUGGUUGGUGUUUGAUGAAGCAGACAGAAUCCUGGAUUUGGGUUUUGAAAAGGACAUCACAGUGAUACUUAAUGCUGUAAAUGCUGAAUGCCAAAAACGACAGAAUGUCUUGCUAUCAGCGACACUCACAGAAGGUGUAACGCGGCUGGCUGAUAUCAGCUUGCAUGAUCCAGUCAGUAUUUCUGUCCUGGACGAGAGCCAUGACCAGUUGAACCCAAAGGACAAAGUGGUCCAGGAGGUCUGUCCUCCACCAGCUGGUGAUGAGCUGGACAGCUUUGCGAUACCAGAGAGUCUCGAGCAGCACGUGACUGUGGUUCCCAGCAAACUGAGGCUUGUCUGCCUAGCGGCCUUCAUCCUUCAGAAAUGCAAGUUUGAGAAAGACCAAAAGAUGGUUGUCUUUUUCUCAAGUUGCGAGCUGGUGGAGUUCCACUACAGCCUCUUCCUGCAGACCCUGCUGAGCAGCUCAGGGGCCCCGGCAUCAGGGCAGUUGCCAUCUGCCUCCACGCGAUUAAAAUUCCUACGACUGCAUGGCAACAUGGAGCAGGAGGAAAGAACAGCAGCGUUUCAGGAAUUUUCACAUUCCAGAAGAGGCGUCCUUCUUUGCACGGAUGUUGCAGCUCGGGGCUUAGAUCUCCCUCAAGUCACGUGGAUUGUUCAGUACAACGCUCCGUCUUCACCUGCAGAAUACAUCCACCGGAUUGGAAGAACCGCCCGGAUUGGCUGCCAUGGGAGCAGCCUGCUCAUUUUGGCUCCUUCGGAGGCAGAAUAUGUCAACUCGUUGGCUUCUCACAAAAUCAACGUUUCUGAGAUUAAGAUGGAAGAUAUUUUGUGUGUUCUGACCAGAGAUGACUGUUUUAAAGGGAAACGAUGGGGAACCCAGAAAUCCCAUGCUGUUGGUCCCCAGGAAAUCCGAGAGCGAGCCACAGUCUUACAGACAGUAUUUGAAGAUUACGUGCACUCCAGCGAGAGGAGGGUCUCCUGGGCAAAGAAAGCUCUGCAGUCCUUCAUCAGAGCCUACGCCACCUACCCCAGGGAGCUGAAGCACAUCUUCCAUGUCCGAUCCCUCCACCUUGGGCAUGUGGCGAAGAGCUUUGGGCUAAGAGAUGCCCCCAGGAAUCUUAGUGCCUUGACUAGAAAGAAAAGGAAAGCAAACCUGAAAAGGCCUGGCCUUCAUAAGAAGACCCAGAGUAAACACAGCCUUGCUGAAAUCCUGCGUUCGGAAUACUCCAGCGGCAUGGAGCCUGGCGUCACCAAGGUCAGAUAGCAAAACGCACCCGGGGAGCCGGGCGGCCGGCCCCUGCCGCCCAGUCUGCAGUCAACACCCUGCUUUGGCCGUGGGAAAACAUUAAAAUGGAGAAAAACCCAAAAACAUUUACAGUGGGACAGCAAGACUUCCCAGAAAGUUUAAAAUCUCUCCGUGCCUUCGAGUGGAUCCUGGAAGCCCUGGGUGGCAGUGGAUUGAUGUCCUGUUCUUGUCAGAGGAGGCUUGUGACAAAUAACUGCUGCCUUUCCCUGAAUACCGCGUCCCCAAGAAUCAGAGGGGCCACAGCCCUUCUCCUCCGUGGGAGGCCCUGGAGCCUGAUAGAAAUCAGUAGGGGGGCAGGGGGGCAGGUCGGCACCACAGAGGCUGGCCGGCUCCUGACAGAGGGGUCUGUGUUUUGUAUUGAACCCAUCAGUGCGAGGCAUUCCCUUCACCCAGGUGCUGACGUGCAGGGGAUGAGGUGGCACCCAGGACUUGAUGUAAGAACAUCCCUUGCGUCAGCCUGGAAGGGGUUGAUUGCUGCCCUUAACUGCAUUCUGAAGUUUCACAGCGUGACUUCAGCCCGUCUAUCAGUGCGUACAUUGGCAUGAAUUUUGUGAAUUAGGGUGUUAAAAACUGGAAUUGAAUUUGUACGAAAAGAGAAGAAAACAUAUUUAUCAGUAAUUAUUUUCUUGAUGUUGGAAUGUACUGUUAAAAAGGACCAAAAGUUUUUGGUUUGGGUCAAAAAAUACGAAUGUGUUUUCAG